UAAAGGAUUUACCUAAAACUGUCAUGUAAUUUUAAAGAUGUUCUUGUGCAAAGUUGUCCAUAUAUGACAACAUCAUGACAUAUCAAAAUGUGUUGGAUAUAAAAAUACGAUAUGGACUUAUUUUAUAAACGGACCAGAGAAGUUAAUCUCGGAGCUUAGCUUACAAGACAUGCCAGUGUAUAUAAUUCUUUAAGUUGGAAGACACAAAGUUUGCAAGUCAUGGCUUCUUAUAGCCCUAAACUUUUAGAAAAGAAAUACAAUAACUGGGUUAAAUCUCAAUUAGCAGUGUUGAUUACUAAAGAAGGUAUUGAACCUUUUGUUUGCAAUGAAAUCAAACAAUUCCAAUUGAAAUGCUUAGAUGAUAUAUGUUACAGCAAUGGACUAUUUAGUGGGACUGUGUGUUCGAAUUGCUGUACGGAAAAUGUUAUUAAAUGUCCAACAAAUAGAAUAUGUAAAGUUAGACGUGGACAAUGCAGUUAUCAUCGAAAUGCUGCAACAAGGUAUAAUCCUGUCGGCUGCCCGAACAAGAUAUGUCAUAAUUUCACAACCGAGAUACAGAAUGCGCAUAGGUACUCUGGUCCAUCGUACAAAAACACCGAUGCUUCACAGUGUUGUAGUAGUUUCUGGGAAGUGGCGAAAUGCUUCAUGCCUCCAGAUGGGUAUAAAGAUAAAACUUCUGCAGCAGAAACAGACUUCAAUGGUAUAAUCAGCGUUAUUCUCAAUUACAAAGGCUUCCAGGGGAAAAUACAUGAGAACCUCAACAAUAAGACGAAUAUGUUUGAGGAGGCAAGAGAAAUUGGAAGAAAAGUGCGACAUUCUUCAACACUUGAAAUAGAGGAUACAGAUCUUCAAAACUACUUCAAACUAUUACAGAAUCUACUUUCUGAUAAAGUAUAUUUAGCUACAGACACGCAUGCACAGAAUGCUAAAAAGAAACUGACAGAGUUAGAAAGUGACACUUUAGUGAUUGGUAAAGAUGAUGUAAGAAAAGUACUAGACGAUGUGGCAAAGGCAAUUCAAGACAAGAUAAAGGCUGGAUUAGACGAGCAAUAUGACAGAAUUAAACUAGAUAUGAUAAAAAGAAAACAAGAUCUUCUAUCUCUGCAGUCACAAUUAAAAGAUGAAGCUGAUGCUUCUGUUAAAAGACUGCAUGAAGAACUGGACAAAGCAGGUGUGAAACUUCAUGAACAAGGAGAAAAAGAACGAGCAGACCUGGCUGGAUUAGGAGAGAUGUUACAAAAAGAAAUGAAAAUAGCAAAAAAAGACGAGAAAGUAGAAGAAUAUAUUGUUUCUCAACAAAGUUUGCAUCGUGAGGUUUUGAAGUCAGAUGUAAAAGCUAUUGAACAGUUACUAAAAGGCAGCGAUAUACCAAGCCAACCCUCAAUAAAUUUUGCUUGUCGCAAGUUUGGGAGAAAACAUAAAGUUGUGAAGGAUAUGUGUACAAAAGUGUGUACCUACAUACAAAAGACACAGCCUGACGUUAUAAAAUCUGUCUGGCCUUCAUACAGGUAUGUAAAGGAUGCAACCGUUGAGCAAUUUUCCGAAAAUGAUGUUAUCUUUGUCGUUGUAACACAAUCAGGAAAAAAAGGUAACAUCGAUAAUUCAAAUUACAAGCAAUAUAUGACAUAUAUACGUGAAUCAUCUGAAAUAAGUCAAGAAAGUAGAGAGGUAAACAAACUUGAAGCUGAAAAUACACCCUAUGAAGACAAAGGCAUAAGAAGAAAACAGAAAAGAAUAGUAAAGUGCAUGAAUGAAAAUGUUGACAAUUUGUUGGAGAAACAUAGUAAUAUCACUACAAUUUCAGCAAGUUUAUUUAAAUCAAGAAACUUUGAACUAGGAAAGCAUCACUUGGAGGACAAUUUGUGUAUUGUACUUUAUGUUCAUGUUAAAGGUUAUAUUCCAUUACACGAAGAACCAUUUAAUCAAAAGGUAGAUGAAUAUGACGUUGACGUACGCGAAUGUGUUUUUACACCUCUUAUGAAUGGUCCGAAGGACUUUCACUCCACUCUUAAGAUGGGCCUAGAAAUCGGAAUAACAUCAAAUCCAGAUGCACCUGGUGAAAAUGGAAAAUUUGGCACGAUUGGAUAUGUCGAGCCAAAAUAUUUUGUAACAUGCGCACAUGUUGUUAUGGACAUAGAUGAAAUGAAGAAAUUGUCUAAAAAACAAACAGAUAUCAAAAUAUAUCAACCUUUAGUGCAAAAAAGUCGUAAAUUAUGCGUCCGUGUUAUUCGUGCAGUUUACAGGGAGAAAACAGGCAGUAAUAAUGUAGGUGUAGAUGCAGCCCUUGUGGAAAUUCAGGGUAGAGAGUUCACUCCAAACGAGUUUCCACAUUCGGAUAUUCUAGGAGAACUAGGAUUGACAGCAGAUUUGUCAAGUAUUCUUCAAACUGGAGUAUAUAUCCCAAACCAUGCUAAAAAUAUGGAUGUUAUCAAAUAUGGUUGUGCAAGUAAUGUAACAAAAGGAGGUUACACGUUGGUAAGCCAUCCUGUUGUUACUGUAUAUGACAGGAUACAGCUUCGAAAUCAGAUAACAAUUUGGCCAAGAGGAAAGUUUGAGCACUUUGCUGCAGGAGGUGACUCAGGAGCAGUAGUAUUUGAACACAUUGACGGAAAAUUGUAUUCUACGUGUAUGAUAGAGGGAACAAUGAGUGACGGUAGAGCUGUAGCAACACCUCUAAUUGAUGUUCUUGUUGCUCUCGAUAUUAAAAGUCCAGAAGAUGUGAUCAAGCUAUAUGAAGACGAAGAUGGUGAAUCCGACAUGGAUGACAGCCCAUAAAAUCAUUAUAAAGACAUAAAAGAAAAGAAUACCACAGCCAGCAAAAUUCAAAACUCCAAAACACUACGUAAAUAUAUGAAUUUGAAAAUUAUCUAUCUGAAAAGCUAGGUGAUUUCCUGAAUUUCAUUUUCUUACUCGUACUUACCUGUAUUUGAAUGUCAAGUACAUUCAAGAAGAUAUUAUAUAUAUGUAUUUUCUAUCGAAUAACAGCAUCAUAUGAGUUCAUUUAGAUUUACACUUGUCGUCCUUCCGUGCGUGGAUGGGUGCGUGCAUUCUCAUAUAGUGUCACGUGAAGCUUUAAAAGUGCUUUAAAAGUGCUUAAAUUAUAGUAAAACAAUGUACAGGAACGUUGAUUAAGUUGUAAAGUUGUAAACCAGGGAUUUCGCUUGUGGUUUAAUACGGUUUUGUAUAAUUGCCCCUGACUUAGUAAACAUUGACAAUUUUGAACAUGUGACCCUCGUAGCUAACAAAGUUUUUGACCUGGAGUUAUGGAACAUUCCAAAAAUAUUGAUCAGCAUGUGCACUUGGGGUUUUGCUUGUAGAUUUAUUUAGUUUAUGUAUUUGUAUAGUUAUUAUCCCCUGUCGAUGGAAUCAAGAGGGGGAUAUUGUUUUCUUGUUGUCCGUCGUCCAUCUACACGACCAAAAUGAAUAGGGAAAGAGAACAAAAAAAAUAUAAUAAAACUCAUUCCGUAAAAAUAGAGUAGGGGCAUUUGACGCUUUAUUAAACGAUAGAAAAUAACAAAAGAAAUGGCCUCUUAUUUCAUUUUGGUCGGCUAUCCAUCGAGAUUUCCUUUUGCUAGUUUUUUAACUUUUUUUGCUAGUUGCUAGUUUUCUGCAACUACUGGCUGGAAUUUCACGAAACUUUAUGGAAACCAUCAAUACCAAAAGGAGAUGCGCAUAUCGUCGCCUUGUUUCGGUCAGACCUUCAACACAGAGUUAUGGCCCUUUAUUAUGCAUAUAGGGCAAUGAUUGUUUGCGCGCUACAUGUCGCUUUGUUCCAGCAAGACCCUUCACACAGAGUUAUUACCCUUGAUUAGUUAUGCGUAUCAAGCAAUUAUCAUUUCCACACUUCUUCUCUGCAACUACUGACUGGAAAUUCAACAAAACUUUAUGGGAUUCAUGAAUACCAAGGGGAGAUAUGCAAUGAUGUUUUCCAUGCCUUUUCUUUCAACUACUGACAGGGAUUAAAUGAAACUGUAUGGGAACCAUGAAUACCAAGAAAAGAUUUGCAUAUCGUUGUCUUAUUCAGGUCAGAUUCUUCAACUCCGAGUAAAGGCCAUCAUAUUAGUUGUGUAGCAUGCAUUUAAAGCAAUAUGUCUUUUUCUUUACAACUGCUGGUUUGAAUUCAACAAAACUUUAUGGGAACCAUCAACACAAAAAGGCAAUUUACAUCUCAUUGGCAUGACCAGAUAAUAAUAUUUAACACAAAUUAUGGCCCCUGUUAUUGCCAUGACAAUUUAUCAUGUACAAAGAAUAUAACUUUUUAUAUCGUGAUAAAUAUAUAAAUAAAGCCUCGUGUCUCCUGUUGUUGUUUCAGUAAUAACCAGUACUGGGCGGGGUAUAAAUUCAACGAAUAAAUGCUUGUCUACUUAUAUUUAUUUAGUUCUUUAAAAUAACAUUUAAUUGUAUAUCAUGUGUAUAAUAUGUUAUGCUUAGAGAUCAACUCUCUUUUGUAAUAUUUGUUAAAUUUAACUGUUCUGGUAAUAAACAAGGGCCUGAAUGCCUUCCUUCACUUUUGAAAUGUUUAGCUUACAUGAUUAUGUAAAGUUGUUUCACAGUAAUUUACGGUAUAUGUAUUAUAUUUGAAAGAUUUAUUUGUUUUAUAUAUUAUUGCACUGUUGAGUUGAAUUAUGCAUUCUAUUAAUAACAAGACGUGUCUUGUCAAAAUAAUAUCUACAUAUUAACUGUAACAAUUUUGUUAGACAAGCACGACUUUCUAAAGUGGAAAUGUAUAUCUUAAUGAAUGUUGCAGUUUAUUCCCUGUACAUAUCCUUCUUCAUUAUGAUUCACAUUUUUUGUUGCUUUGAUGUUGGCUAGGUUAUUAUAUAUUUAUACUUUCAACAGAUCAAUGCCCUGUUU